AUGCCUUCUGAUGAAUCAUCUGCUCUCCCAGAAACAACUUCAAAGGAACGAGCUGCCCUAGGCCGGUACCUAUUUGACCAACUGUGUCAACAUUUCCAUCCUAGGACACUGCCUCAUACAACUAAUGUUUUCGAUGAUGCCAUCACUGCAUAUAUCAUGACGAGUAUUCCUCCAAGUGAACAGUCUGUGGAGUCAAGUCUUCAUUAUUGGCUAGCAUUUCUGAAGUUUAUCGUGCAAGACCUUCAGUUACACAAGGAUUCACCUAAGUUGAGCGAGGAUGACCGCGAAGAGAGACGAAGACAUGUAGCACUAUCAUUCAACGAACGACCGUAUAUUCCGGAUCAAGAAUGCCAGCUUCUUCUCAUACCGGCCCCUGACUCAGUUUGGGCGAAUCUUGGACCAUUGGUGCCCACCGCAGGUACUCUCAUAAACGGUAUAACGCUCGGUUAUCGAGUCAUGAGCCUAGAUAUGAUUGGUAUCUAUCUACCUCUCUCAAAAAUACUGGGAGAGAUUCUUGAACAUCGCUUUCUUUGUGAACAUCCGACAUUCAAUACGAAAGGAAGUUUCCUUGGUGAAAUCAAGGCAAAUAUUUUACACAAUCUAGCGCAGUGGUUCGACUCCUUUACUCUGCUGGUUGGACAAGACUUUCCAGCAAUCGCAGACCCAGAGUGUGACUUGACUCCGCCACCGAACAUCCCCCGAGUUGCAUACUACGGUUUACACAUGUAUCAUUGCAUGUUCAUACUUCUACAUGGCCCAAUGGAUAUAGUUCGAAUGUACAAAGAUCAUGAGUGGCAAGCUUCGCUUGAUUUUCUCACGGCAGGAGAACAUGCUGCUGCUUGUGCAAACGUAUUUACCCCCGAAGCACUGCUCCACGCUAUUUCACAUAUGUACACACGCUUACCACUGUCUUGGUUUCAGGUUGCACGUUAUAUCUUACUGGUUGAUCCGAGACUAUGCCUAAUGUAUAGGUUCUUUGGAACAUACUUUCUCCAAUCGACUUUUAUCUUUCUCAUUCUCGCCCAAAAGCUUGGCCGCCAAUCCGACAAAUUGAUCAUGCGCAACUGUGCAAUCAAUCUGGAAGUUUUGGACAAGUUUGUGGCCAUAACAAAUAUGGACUACCAACACACUUUUGCGAAAUUUAUUCGACGCGCUCUUUCCUAUAACAUGGGGAAUGUCACCCCCGAGAACGAGAUGCAGAUCAACAAUCUAUUAUUCCAGCCAUUGGACGCCGAGAUUCUUCCUUAUCGUUGGAUUCCGGGGCAUAGGGGCUUGCAAAUUGGUCCAGCACGCAAGAAUUUAGAUGACAGUUGA